AUGGCUGCAAUAACUAACGUUUGUGAUUUGAAACCAUUCAAGUCGAUGUGGAAGAUUAGAGUUAAAAUCAUACGUUUGUGGAGACAGUACUCUGCUGCUGCUGGUCUGACUAUCGAGAUGGUUCUAAUCGACUCCAAUGGUGUUAAGAUCAAUGCUUCUAUUAAGAAGGAUCUGGUGAAUCAGUUUGAAUCGUUUGUUUCGGAAGGGAGUUCGAAGAUUCUCAUCAACUUCUCACUCACCCCCUCGUGCGGUUCAUACCGAAUCACCAUACAUCCAUACAAACUUGGAUUUCUCUCCACCACUCGCGUGAGGUGUUGCGAUGCUCUGCCUGAUGAGCUAACUGGUUUUGAACCAGCCAACUACAGGGACAUUCUUGAUGGUACACUCAAUUCCGACUAUUUGGUUGAUGUAAUAGGGCAGAUUGUGGAGGUGACCCCAAUUGAAGUCGUAUCGGCUAAUGGAAAAGACACAAAGAAAAUCACUGUUGAACUUCGGAAUGAAAAAGAUGAACGUCUUCCGAUGGUGCUUUGGGGUAACUUUGCUACUGAUGUCAGUGAGGCUAUUGAAAGAAGCGGAGACAGUGCAAUUGUUUGUGUUUUGCGAUUUGGAAAAAUUAAAGUUUGGAAAGACGAGCGUAGUGUGUCAAACGCCUACAACGUUUCAGAUGUUGAACUGAAUCCAUACUUGCCCGAGGUGGAGACAUUUCGAUCACUGUUGCCGAAGGAUGAACUUUCAUUGGUUGUUGUUCAACCUAAACCGCUUGCGCUGACAAAUGGAGGUGGAGACAAAACUGAUUUUUUUGUUAACACUCCAAGGAAAACAAUUGCUGAGAUAAUAGCAGCGAAUGAGGUUGAGAAGUGUAUUGUUAUGUGCACUAUAGCUGCUAUUGAUUCCGACAUGGGUUGGUAUUAUUUGAGUUGCAAAGUGUGUUCGAAGAAGGUAUUGAAGGUGCCUAAUGAUCCUAUUGACAAUGGAGAAGAUGAUGAUGAACUUGGUUUUCACUACUAUUGCGUGAAGUGCAAGGUGAACAACCCAAAGUUGAUUCCAAGAUACAAGUUGCAUUUGGCAGUUCUAGAUAAUACCGGCAAUGCAAAAUUUCUUCUACUCGACAAUCUUGCAGUCCAGUUGCUUCAUCAACCUUGCCUAGAGCUAACUGGACCGACUAUUGAGGAGAUGCAAGACCCGGCUGAUCUUCCUUUGGCACUCAAAGAUUUAGUCGGUAAAACCUAUCUCUUCAAGGUUGGUAUUAAAAAAGAGAAUUACCUAUACAAGAGUGGCACUUACAAAGUGAUUAAGAUCUGCACAAACAUUGACAUGGUUGCCGAGUUCGAGAACUUGAGUCAACCAAAGGGAGGAGUGACUACUUUGGCUUUGGAAAACUCUCUAAUUUCAGAUGCACCGGAGGGAUCCGCAAUGUUGUCUGGAGGGUCGUCCCAGGAAGCCGAAUUUAACGCACUCACUCCUGCUAAACGCCCAGUACCAUCCGUUUACAACUUGGAGGAAUACUAUGAUCAGAAUUCUUUGUCAAAGAAAUCGUGUUCAGUUCGGAUCAAAACAGAGAAGUCUGAGAAAAGUGGCUGA